CCUUGGGUGAUACCUAUGUGGCUAAACAAAAACGAAAAUCAGGUAGCUAUCGCAAAUUCCUGAUAACUUCCCAAGGACUCUCGAUUAUCGACCAUAUUCCUCUGGCUCGGCGCAUGGCAUUUAUUUCCACAUUGUACAUCAACAUCCAAAUAAUCCCGGGGACGAAAAAGAAAAUUUCAUGUCGCGCACCGUGACAAAUCCAGACGAAUUCCAUUGAAUUUCAUUAUGACUGAUGUACCACAACUUAAGUCUUACCUGUUAGAAAAGAGUGCGAUACAAGGUUAUAGUGCGAGUGAAUUUUCGGAUUUUUUAUCAAAAAGGCUUCCACCAUUCUGGCUCCAGAGAUUUUGGCAAGUCUGCAAACUACUACUAACAGGAGUGGCAGCAGACUUACAAGAACUAAUAAUGGCGAGACCCCAAUGCCCCUUAGGUCUUCCGAAUUUUAUUCAUCUUUCGACACACUUUAUCCUUUAUCUUCGAAGACUAAACUUUCACAGAAACAGUCAUUUUCAUUUGAUAGCUACUGGAAAAAGUCUAGUUCGCAACAAAACAUCGCCGAAGAAGCAUCAUCGAAUAAUAGAUCCAGUAAUAGAGAUUUUUUGGAAACCUGUUACACGCCUCGCUAUAGAAAAAAAAGUGAUAACGACGACAAAUGGUCCUACAAAGAAUUCCGUUUUCCUUCCCCAGUGCUGGCUCAAAAAUUGUCAGACAGUGCUAUUUCAACUUCAACUGCCUUUCAGUCUGAUAAAUAUAGAUCAGUUAGUAUUAAAGACCGCACUGACUAUCUCUCUCUUUCUUUAUCGCCAUGUUCCAGAAGUGAAAGUGAAUUCCUAAGAGACUGUCCAUCUAUUUCGCCCACCAAAGAUGUAAGUUUAUUAGAUUUAGAAGAUAUUAAAAAAUUAAGGUACAUUGAGAAUAGAGGGCGUCAAGAGAAUGAAGCAGAGUAUGCAAAUGGUGGAUAUAUGCCUAUUCACAUAGGUGACGUGUUAAGAAACAAAUAUAAAGUUUGUAGAAAGCUAGGAUUUGGACAUUUUUCUACUGUGUGGCUAUGCAAAAAUAUGUGUAAAAAUGGUCCUAGAUAUGUCGCUCUAAAAAUCUGCAAAUCUGCACCUAUGUUCACAGCAGUAGCCAAUGACGAAAUAAGAUUACUUCAAGAGACUCGAACCAUAAAUCCUGACCAUGUUGGUUACAAGAACAUAGUUCAAAUGGUAGAUACUUUUAAGCUACUUAGCGAAAAUGGACUUCAUACUGCCAUUUCCUUCGAAAUAAUGGGACCAAACUUACUACAUCUUCUUAUACAAAGUGAAUUUCGGGGAAUACAGGUACCUGCGGUCCGCAGAAUAAUUUUUCAGGUUUUAAGGGGAUUGACGUAUCUUCAUGAAGAAUGCCAUAUAAUCCAUACCGAUAUAAAACCAGAAAAUAUUUUAAUUAAAAUUAAUGAGCCAUAUAUUAGACAAUUGCUUGGAAAAAUGGAACGAUUUUCAGAAUUGGGAGUUGAUUUACCACGGUCGUAUGUAAGUUCCGAAUUCUGGACAGAGAGGGAUAGUACUUUUGAUACAUCGGAUGACAACUUAAUCAGCUGUAUUGAGCGUAGGCCGUUUUCUUAUCCCAACGAAACGUACUUAAGCGAGUUAGAAAACUAUGAAAAACGUCAUAGCCAACCUAAUAUUAAUGUUCCGAUGUGGGUAAGCCCAAAUAUUGAAAUCAAAAUAGCCGACCUAGGAAAUGCCUGCUGGAUGGAUCAGCAUUUUUCUGAUGAAAUUCAAACGAGACAAUAUCGCGCUCUAGAAGUUAUAAUGGGAGCGGGAUAUAAUUUUCCAGCUGAUAUCUGGUCAGUUGGUUGUAUGGCGUUCGAACUUGCUACAGGGGAAAUGCUUUUUAGUCCGAAAGGGUCCAGCGAAUUAUCAGUCAAUAUAGACCACCUAGGUUUGAUUUGGGAAACUUUGGGUGGAAUUCCUAGAUACAUUACUGAAACUGGUACUGCAUCCAAACAGUUUUUUUCUGAUGGACAUUUAAAAGAUGUACCUGCUGAAAACUUAAAAAUAUGGAAAAUUGAGGAUGUUUUAGUAGAAAAAUAUAAAUGGAAACGAGUGGAUGCCAUUCCAUUUGCCAGUUUUUUAGAAAGCUUGGUGGAGCCUGAUCCUGCUCUUCGAGGUACUGCAACACAAGCACUAUCAAACGAAUGGUUGCAGUCUGCAGACAUUUGAAGAUAUUUCCACAAUAUUUAUGUGCAAGACUGAUGUUACUUAUUUAUAAUGUUCGUUCAUUUUAAUUUUGUUAAAAACGUAUGGAGAUUUUUUUUUAAAGUUUAUUUGUCUCUACUAUCUCUUAGACUUUUAAAAUAAACGUUUUGAAAAUAAAA